CGAACAAUGUUAGUCGAAAAUCAGUCCGCAUCGUAGAGAACAAGAAAGCCUCCAGCAUGGCAUCGCAUUUUCGCCGCGGAGUUUCUUCUGGUGUAGCUGGCCCAAGCGCUAGCCGUGGUUCGAAAACUGAAGCCAGCACGAGAGCAAAACAGAAGCUGUCAACCACAUCUGCUCCAAAGAACGUGCAAGAACAUCAGAGCCAAGAAGGAGAAGAACUUCUCGUCGAUGAGGAGAAUCUAGUAGCCCUUCUGCAACCAGAAGAGGCAGCUUUUCUUGAGGACAAUGCGAUUGGCACGUCUUCGCAGGAAGAGAUCUCAGACAUCCCUGAUGAACAUUCUGACCUAGCUGAAGGAGGCGCCGGUGAAGGUCCCUCCGAAAUCAUGACCAAGAGUGGUCGUACCAACUUUUCUAUGUCUAAAUCUAGCAUUUUGUCCGCGCCUAAAAUAGAAAGCAACCUCUUGUGGUCAUCGGACAGUGACGGAGGAGCACGAAAGUUCCACUUUUACCCCCGAACACGAUUCCCUGACCCGCGUCAAAGGACUAAAGAACGCUUCGAAGAAGAGGCCCAUGAUCCCAUACCCAUCUCAUCUUCUCAGGAGCAACAAGCAGUACCCGUGCAUCAAUCACCUCCAGCUUCGGCGACGGAAGUUGUUGUAAGAACACAGCAAAACAUGAUGAACAAGGACGAAGAUGUAGAAGUUGCACCAGUUCUUAUAGUGAAAAACGCGCACAAAAAAAAAUACGAUGCUGGAGCUGCCCAGAGGAGAAACGACACAUCGGAAGAACGUGAAUGUGUUUUCGACUGUGUGGAGGCGAAGCCGAUGAAGUUAGAAGAUGAAUACGAUGCGAUUAACAUCGUUGACCACGGUGCUGUCGGUAGUCCAGAAGUUGGCUCCUGCACUAGGCUCACAGUGCCCUCCAGCUCGGGACGUGUUCGCCAGCCGAAGCCAUUAAAGACGAGUGGGACCGCUUUUAUGCAGACUAGCACUCACGAGUUCGUCGAUUUUGGCGGACUCUCAGCCCUAAUGGAAACGAUGCCGUUGCGGCCAGUCAACAACUAGUAAAACAUGUAAUUGCCAACGCAGAUGCAGUUGUUAGCUAUGCAUAGGAUUAUGUUUUGAGGCAAGAUAGAAUCUGUGAAGCAACAAGCUACUUAGAAGAAUCUGCAAUAAAGAUUUGAAUUUGGAAGCAAAAACACUUUUUGUUCUGUUCAUGUAGACAUUUUACGUUUGCCGAUGCCCACCAGCCCUGAGCCCACGACGCAAGGGUAGGCGUACUAGGGAACAGGCUUAUAGGGAUUCACAUCUUCGGCAAUGAUACAACACGAGCAUUAAUAUCUCUCGUUCUCUAUGCUGCUCAUGCAUGGUAGGUUGUGGCGUUGUGACCAAGCGGCAUACGCAUUAAUGUCAUUCCAUAACCUUCAAGAAUUUCUAGUUCCACACCAAUUUUGAUGUUGCAAAGAAAGCUCAUCCUUGAUACUGAGGAAAAAAACUUCAAACAACUCACCUGCUUACUUAUUACCGACAUAGACAUUCGCCAACAUACAUUCAUUUUCAUACAUCAAUAUCUAUGGCAAUCCGAAUGUUGUACACAAUUGUAGGAAUAAGCCUCAGACUAAAGUUGCCUAUUUUUUCUCACACAGUCAGACAGACACACAGAUUCACAUGCACAUAGGAACGCGAACGCCAACACCUUGUUAUCAUCUGAGAAUGUUCAAAAAGAUAAUCUAAAUCAGAAAAUUGAAGACACCCUUUAGUUAGAUGUAGCAGUACUUUCUUUCAAUUACUUAAUAUCAGUAACAAAUUGGAAGUGCAACGUUAAAAGAAUACUUGCACGGAUGAGAAAAGAUCAUGGCAUCGAUUGCAAGAUUAUAGAAUCAAAACCAAUAUGAGAAAGACAUCGCUCAGGAAAAAUAACAGGCAAGUCGUCGAUUGAAUAUGCUUCAACUGGGAAACGAUAACUCAUAACAUAUGACUCUUCGAAAUUUCGUG